AUGUUAUUUUUCGCAACAGUCUCCGGUUUAAAAGGUGAUCUUUAUGUGUUUGCUAACGAAUCUAUAGACUCGCCGAUUAUUUCCACAACAUCGGGUCAAUUUGCAGGAUUUACUAUUCGUCAGACAAAUGUCUGGAUUGGAAUUCCUUAUGCUGCUCCACCUAUUGGAAUACUUCGUUGGCAAAAAGCUCAACCUUAUGUUAUAACUGAUAUCAAUAAUGGUACAGUACAAAAUGCUACGCAUUAUAGUCCAUCGUGUCCUCAAAUCGAGCGCGUAGGUAUUACUUCAGGUCCAUUUGAUGAAGAUUGCUUGUAUUUGAACGUUUGGGCGCCUCGUACUCCACCUCCAAACUCAUCAAGAGGAUAUCCAGUGAUGUUGUGGAUUCAUGGAGGAGGACUUCAAGAAGGCAGUUCGGCACAGAUUAUCUAUGAUGGACUUAGUUGGACAAAUGCAGCUAUUCAAGAGAAUAAUUCAUUUAUUAUAGUCAGUAUUAAUUAUCGUCUCAAUGUUAUGGGAUUCUUCGUUCAAUCAGCUUUGACAGAUACAAAUGGGCAAACUAUUGCAAAUCAAGGUAUUACAGAUCAACGUAUGGCAAUGAAAUGGAUUCAAGAUAAUAUAGGACAAUUUGGAGGUGAUAAGAAUUCGAUCACUCUAGCUGGUCAAUCCGGGGGGUCUUAUUCAGUUUGCAUUCAUAUUGUGUCACCAUUAUCUGCUGGAUUAUUCCAUACUGGAAUAAUGGAAAGUGGAUCUUGUGACAUUCCAUUUUAUAUGUAUGACAAACAAUUUGCUUAUUCAAUAACAAAUGAUCUCGCAUCACGUGUUGGAUGUAACAUGACAAAUUCGACUCAACAAUUGGCUUGUUUACGAAAUGUCAAUAGUACUCAACUCAUAACAACCAUGCGUAAUGUAUCAAUUCCAUCAUCGACAUCAUUAAUUUUCAAAGAUCAACUCAAAGUUAUUCAAGUAUAUCCCUUUAAUUUUAUUGUAGAUGGAAUAGAAAUACCUACUCAUCCUUUACAACUCUUCUUAACAGGUACUUUUAAUCGUGUACCUCUACUUUUGGGAGCAGCUCAUGAUGAAUUUGUUUUACGUGUUCUAUAUGAAGAGUAUGUUUAUCCACCAAACAGUACAGAAGAUUAUUUAACCCGUAUUCUACCGAUAAUGACUUACAAUCAAUCUGAAAUUGAAGCUCUAUACAAUCCGAAUUUGUUCAAUGGUAACUAUUCGAAAGCCUUCGUUGCAUUGAUGUCUCAAGGAGCUUUUAUUUGUGGUGCUCGUCGUAUGGCUGGAUAUAUGGCUAAUCAACCUACAUAUCUUUAUACAUAUAAUCAUGCACCAGAAUCCUUUUGGUUAUCAUUACCAAGCUUAAUUAUGUGGCCAGGAGCAUAUCAUUCGGCGGAAUUAUUGAAUUUAUUUCAAACAGCAUCACCUUUACUUUAUGGUGAUCAAAUGUUUUUAUCCAAUGAAUUGAAUUUGGUUACAUCUACUCGCAGAUAUUGGACAAAUAUGAUUACAAAACAUCAACCGAACAAUAAUAUAAGUUUAACAUGGCCUUCAUAUUCACCUACAAUGGAUCAAACUCUUGUCCUUGAUAUAAAUAUAACCACUGCUUCUUUUAUUAAUGUUUAUUCUAACUGCGAUGUCCUAUCAGCUACACAAGUCAAACUAUUUGGUGAAUACAUCGGUUUGAAUGCUACAUGUAUUGCAGGAAAUAAUUGCUUCAUUAUUAAUUCUACUUCAUCUCCUGCUGUAACAACAACAACUACUACCAGUAGUCAAAGUCUGCCUUGUUUCCAGUGCAAUUUAUUUAUUUUAUUUCUUCUCUAUAUUUUACUUUUGUUUUUUACUAUAUCACAAUAA